CGAGUAGAGGCUCAUCAUGUCUCUCAGUCGUACAGAUGUCAUGGCGCUUUUAGGCCUUUUUCUGGUUCUUUACCUCUCUACUGGUUACACUCGGAAAGCAAAGGGCAAGCUUCCACCGUCUCCCCCUGGCGGUCUGCCUUUACUCGGAAAUGUUCUGCAGAUGCCGAAGAGGAACGGUUGGCUUUUGAUGCACGAAUGGUCGAAAACCUUAGGACCCAUCUUCCAUCUCAAUAUGGCAGGACAACCUGUCAUUGUCCUUAAUUCCAACGAAGCCGCGCUCGAGCUCCUAGAGAGACGAUCUCAGAUAUAUUCCGACCGCCCUCGCCUAAUCAUGACAGGGGAGAUCAUGUCUCGCAAUCUUGUUGUUGGCUUCCAACGAUUCAGCGACCGAUGGAAGCGUUUCCGCAAAGCCGCCCAUGCCGGGAUCAACAUUCGUGCAGCAGAGGCUUACUACGGCAUUAUGGAGCGCGAAUCUGCACUUCUGGUGACAGAACUUCACAAAAGCCCGAAGCACUGGGAUGACCAUCUUCAACGUGUCAUCGCCUCAUCCUUAUUUACUGCUCUUUACGGUGGCGAGCCUAUGCUGAACAAGAACGAUCCUAUCGUGGAGCAGAUCAACGACUGCAUGCAUCGUCUGACCGGCGCUGCUCUACCCGGCGCAUUCCUAGUGGACGUGUUUCCCGUUCUGAAACGCCUUCCAGGCUGGCUUUACCGCCCCAAAGGCGAAGGCUUGAAUUGGUACAAGAAGGACAACGCUAUGUUCAAUAACUGGUUAGACCGAGUAAAGAAGGACAUGGACGGGAACACACCCCCACCCAGUUUCGGCCGUGUUCUUCUCGAAGCUCAAGAACAAUUCCAACUGUUGGAUCGUGAGGUUCCCUGGCUUGCAGGUUCGAUGUUUGGUGCUGGAUCCGAUGCGACGGCUGGCAUCAUGCGGUGGUUCAUGCUUGCUGCAACGCUGUAUCCUGAACGUAUCCAGCGUGCUCAAGACGAAGUCGAUCUUGUCGUUGGUCGUUCCCGUCUGCCAACGUUCGAUGAUCGUGAAAGCAUGCCCUACCUCCGUGCAUUCUGCAGAGAAGUGAUGAGGUGGAGGACCGUCGCACCCCUUGGAGUACCCCAUAGGCUUAUCGAGGAUGACCACUAUAUGGGCUACUAUCUACCGGCAGGCUCCAUCGUCCUCUCCAAUAUCUACAGCAUCAACCGUAGUCCCGAAGCCUUCGAUGAUGCAGAUUCCUUCAAACCCGAGCGCUUCCUGAACGAAGAAGGGACAUUCGAGGUUCUUCAUCCCGAAACACACAAUCAAGGGCACUAUACCUUUGGCUUCGGACGACGUGCGUGUGCGGGCAUGCACAUCGCUAACAACCUGAUGUUCAUCAACGCCGCCCACAUCCUCUGGUCGUUCAAUAUCCGCAAGGCAAAGGAUGCGCAGGGUAACGAGAUCACACCCAGCGCCACCAACUACCAUGAUACUGGACUCAUCGUUCGUCCUCAUCUGUGGGAAGUAGAUAUCAUCCCGAGAGGACCUGAGGUGCUGCAGGUUGCGAAGGAGAGGUUCGCGAAGGGUAUUUGAGAGCAGUUUUGUGCGGUUCGUCGUAGCGCGUGUUGUGCGAUAGAGGGUGGUUUCAAUAGUUAUGUUAUAUAUGUUGUUGCUCGAGAAUUUUAGACGAUCAUUCGGACCA